UUGCAGUCUUUCUCUUUACAGCAGUUCAUAACCCCUUUGACCUCUAUUCUACAGCAAACCCCCCUUCGAAAUUGAAAACCAAACCCAAGAGAAACACGAGCAGUGAAAUGCAAUGGUUUCAGAUUCCGAACUCGCAGAGAAGGUGCUUGAGUUUUUGAGUGGUUCUGAUUUAAAGAAGACGACUAACAACAUUGUUAUUCAUAAGUUGGAGUCCGAUUUUGGGGUUGAUUUGUCUCAUAGAAAACCCUUCGUCCGACACCAAGUUGACCGUUUUCUUCAAACCCAGUACAAUUUCUCUGAGGAACAAGAUGAACAUGAAGAUGAGCAUGGUGUUGCCUUCGAUAGAAACGACGACGUUUCAGACUCUGAUGACGAGUAUUAUGAGGAUGAGGAUGAGGUUGAUUUUUCUGUACGAGGAGUUGAUGCUGAUAGUGGGACCACCAGUUUCAACGGUAUCACUAAAUGCAAGCGGUCUCGCGUAGAAAACAAAUUGAAAAAUAAAAGAGUGUGCGAGUCUGGCAAGUUCUGUACGUUGUCUCCUGCACUUCAGAAGUUUCUUGGAGUGCCUCACCUGACACGAACAGAGGUUGUCAAAAGGCUAUGGAGCUAUGUGAGAGAAAAAAGCCUGCAAGAUCCUCAGGAUGGAAAGACUAUCAUUUGUGAUGAAACAUUACGUGAACUUUUCGAUGUUGAUUCCAUCAACAUUCUCCAGAUUCAUAAAGCCUUAACAAAUCACAUUUGGCCGUCAGUGAAGAUGAAGAGAGAGAAGCCACGGAAGCAAGCGAGAGGAGAAGAUUCAUGUGACGCAGAAUUUAACGCAAAGCCUCCUAGGAAAGUAUAUUCGGGUUUUCUUGCUCCUCUACCGCUCUCAGACACUCUUAUAAAGUUUCUGGGUACUGGAGAAACUGCGUUGACUCGUGCUGAUGUUAUAAAGAGAGUAUGGGAAUACAUAAAAGACCACAAUCUGCAGGAUCCAUAUGCGAAGAAAACGGUAAUAUGUGAUGAGAAGCUAAAGGAGCUCUUUAAUGUCGAUUCGUUCCUUGGAUUCACGGUCUCAAAACUCCUCUCUGCACAUUUUGUGAAAUUGUGACCGUCUGCUUCUGCCAAAACCAACCUUUCAAGCUGUCAUUUGAUGGAAAUUUUCAGUUUUAUAUGAUUGUACUUUUAACAGUUUAGCUUGUAUCAUCAUGUAAUUUUAGUCAUUCAACCAUUACCAGUAAAAAAUAAUUUAAUUAAUUGCUUUGUAGGUUGUACCUAUGUUUCCUGCAGGCAGCCCAAGUCACAACUAUGCAAGGGCCAGAGUCCAGAGGUAGGUGGCCUUUGCCUUAGUAAGCCAGCCUUUAAAUAUUAGAGGCUCAUUGGGCCCUUGUAAUGAGUUAUAUAUCAAUUAGUUGUCAAAUCGAGUCCUUGGUCGUUA